UGACACAGGUGGGCCAUCCAUUUGCGUGUGUGGGUGAGUGGGUGAGACACAUUUCUGCUGACACCUCCGCACAAACGGUGUGAAGCAGGGAGAGAGCGAGAGGGAGAAAGAGAGAGAGAGAGAGAGAGAGAGAGAGAGAGAGAGAGCGAACGGCACAGAGAAAUGUAGGAACAGAAGAGACAGAACACAAAGAGGACAGACAGACCAGGAGAAGGCAGAAGAUAUAUUUGACUAUGUGGGUGUGUGGAGAGCCAAGACAUGCAUCAUAAUUGUGGAUCUGUCUUCAAGCAGCCGGACAAGUCACAGACACAGCAGGACACCAGUGGUUGAACAAAGUGUGGAGUCUAUUGUACUUGUAAUCACUGUGUGCGCAGACUUCAGAGGAGAGAGAGGCUUUGUUUUCCUCAGACAAAAUGGAAACGCUCUCUGUUGCGCUGUGUAAAAGAUUCAAUUAACCAGGAUUCAAAUCACUCCACGGGAUAAGAGAUGGCUGUUGGCUCUGUCAUCAUCUGCUUGGUAUCUCUGCUGAGCCAGGCUUCGGCCCAGGUCUCCCCUCCUCCUCCACGGGGGUGCAGCGUGGAUGUGGACCCUCCCUACAGAGUGCUGUGUGACCUGGAGGCCGUGUGGGGUGUGGUGCUGGAGGCAGUGGCCUGUUGUGGGGGACUUACCUCUCUGGUUGUCUCUGUCUUCAUGUUGGUCAAACUGCGCUCCAUAUCGGAUCCAGCUCGGCGCUCCGGCCUGGGCCCUCUCCUCCUCCUCCUGAUCACUCUCCUGGGGCUGUUCACCAUCUCCUUGGCCUUUCUGGUGGGGAAGAACCAGUGGCUGUGUGUGGUGCGCAGGGCCUUCUGGGGACCUCUCUUUGCCCUGUGCUUCUCGAGUCUGGUGGUGCAGGGGGUGAGGUUGCGGAGGCUUGUGGCUGGAAGGACAAGCCCCUCUGGCAGCACACUGGCAGCUCUGGGCCUGGCUCUGGCCUUGGUUCAAGGCAUCAUCUCUGCUGAGUGGGUUCUGCUGACGGUGAUCAGAGAAGGCCACCCAGCUUGUGAAUACCCACCUUUGGACUUUGCCCUGAUUUGCAGCUACACACUGGGUUUGCUCCUGAUAGCGAUGGGCCUAUCUCUGGGGGUAGUCUUGUGUGGAGGGGAGCUGGGGGCAGAUGGAGGAGGCAGUGACGAUGACAGAGAGUCUGAAAGUGAGAAGAGGAGGUGGAAGUGUAACGCCGUGUGGCUGUUUUUGUCCUGCCUCACAUCAGCUCUGCUUUGGGUGGCCUGGCUUGGCUUCUAUCUGUACGGCAGCCAGGCACUCAAGGCCAAGGCUAAAGCAGAGAGAUCUGGAAAAGGAGAGAGUAGAGACAUGAGGGUGCUGGAUGAACCUGCUCUAGCAGUGGCUCUAGUGAUCCAGGGCUGGAUUUUACUGCUGUUUCAUGCUAUCCCAGAGGUGCACCUAAGCCUCAGGACACCGCUCGAGUCAGCCACGCAGGACUACUAUGAGACCAGUAAGACCAGCGCUUCUUCCCACUUUGAAGAAACAUCGCACACUCACCGACCCUUUGCAAUGGAAGACCAGAAUGAAACUCUUCGCAGUGGGACAUACCACAGCAGCCAUGGAAGUGUACGACCUGGUGUUGCCUUUAGAGGUCAUGUCUACCAGCCCACUGAGAUGGCUCUAGUCAUGAAUGGCGGCACAAUGCCCACGGCUCCAGUUAACUACACAGGGCGAAGGUUAUGGUAAAUGAAUCAGACAGACAUUUGUGUUUGCCAAGAAUAAGAAACUCUGCACUGAGAACAUAACAACAAUGAAAGCUUUGCAAAGGAUUUGAUAUGUUUUGAGCAUUGUGCACAACUUCUGAAAAAAACAAAAUCUGAAAAUGGGUCUUUAGAGGUAAGGUGUCAAUAUCACAGUGUAAAGCUGGUCUUAAGGUUAUUCAUGCUGCUGCUGGGAAAAUAAAUAUUUGAAUGUAGUAAUAAGAAGCCAUUUUGCCUGAUAGCUCCAAGUUCAAAUGGUUGCUAUAGCUAUACACGUUUGCAUUUUAGCUCUGCCACAAGUUACAAACUUGGAUGCUAUCAUAAAUUAUUCUGCAUUUAAAGCCUAUAGCCUUUGUUUCCAGACUUUACUAUUCAGCUCUCUACCAAUGCUACUAUAGAUGUAAUAUAUUUGCUACUGAUUGAGAUUUGGGGGUGAAGCAAGAAGCCAUCUCUUAGUGCACUGCUAAUCUGACAGUGUGAUAUAGAAUGUUGCACUUUAUCUAACCUUGUGAGUGCUUUUUUUAAGAGUCACCAGAAUUUGCAUGAAAUGGGUUUUGUCGUAAAUUUGUAUUUUCAGUAUUUUAUUAUAUUUAUUUUGUUCAAUGUACAGAAAUACAUGUACUUAUUUUAAAUGUUUACAACUCGCAGUAAUUGAUCAGGCUUGUACCUACAGUUUACUAUGGAAAUUUAUACUCAACCAUUUAGAUCCAUUUAACCUAGGUUUUUACCAUUCUACCAGUUUCCCCACAUUGUUGCUAUUUGAAAAACAGUGUUUGUAACAGUGAAUUAUUGAACCAGACAAAUCAAAUAAUACAAGAUCUUGUUGUGCUUAAUAUUCCUUGCGUUUAAUCUUAGUGCUCAAUAGACUAUGUUCACAUUUGUGUGCUUUGACGACAUACUGAACGCAUUUUUGUAUGUGUUUUUUAAUCAAAGUAUAAUACAGUAUUUAAUGGUUACUGUUAUAUGGCAGCUUUACAUAAGUUGUAUGUGUUUAGCACAGCGUGAUUUAUACAUUUGUUGUUGAUGGUCCUAAACUGCCUUCUGAUCUGGUGGUACCAAUCUCACAGAAAUGUCAACUUCUUAUGUAACUUUAAAAAGUUGCAGGCAAUAUUUUAAGAGCACAAACCAGUCAAGUUUACAGCUGUAUAUGUGUUGUGCAAACUUUAGAGCUAUUAAAUAAAGGACCAAGUCAUCAAAUAAAA